AUGCUCAUAUCUCAUGCCAAUCACGUCCUUGACCAUUAUCGUGGACCUCCACGCCGCAAAUCUCUGGUCUCUCUUCCCGGCUCAUUCGUACCCCCUAACACAUAUUGGACUCCCGAUGAGAAGCGAAACUUGUACCAUCAUCUACAACGAUUUUCCCGUUUGCGGUUAGAUCUUGUGGCUGAAGCACUUGGCACGAAGACUCUCGUUGAAGUCAUCACAUAUGUUGGGAUCCUCGAGCGCGGGGUUCACGAGAGAUUGAAGCCGAGUGGGAAAAAGAUACGUCACCCCGCAGCAAUGGAGAUGUCGGAUGGCUGGGUUUUAUUUGAAGAGCACAUGUCGAAUUCCAUUCUUCAGAGAGAGGUUAUCACGGAACUCGAUGACAUUGUCAUCGAGCGUCGUAAAGCUUGCAGAGACGCCGGAGUAGAUUCUCGUCGCGUUCAGGUUGGCAUUGCCGUCCGAGACUAUAGUUUGGGACGUCUAAAGAGAUCGAGGUCUAACGAUGAUCUAGAUCCAUCAACUUCCCCGAACAAGAGACGUGUUUUGGAACACGAGUGGAUCAGAGAGGACCUGUUCAGGGAGCUGGACAAGGACCGACUGAAGCUCUUCGAUACGAUGUUGGACGAAUACUUCAAAUCCGGCACAUCCUCGUCGCAACCCGCGCCCGAUGUGGAUCUCAGUCCGUACCAAAUUGAUUUCAGCCGUCCGACGAAUUCGUCAGAUUACAUGUUGGAGCCCGAAGCCAGUGACGACGAGGGCGACUCUAACUCAGAUGAGGAUACUUCAACUGAGGAUGAGAUCAUUGUACCUAGCGAUUCUGAUGGCUCAGGUACUUCCAGGAUACCGACCUUUUCUCUGACAGAUCACAUAUCUACUAUAGAUUCCCCUUCAGAUGAUCCCCCGGAAAACGUCUCCGCUUCUCGUGCCGAUGGCGAUAGCCUCAACACUGAAAGUCAUGUAGAUACCGACUCUCAAAGCUCCAAUUCUCGCUCCAACGUUUGUUCCAGACCCGGAUCCCCCAUUAGCAUCAAUGCUCACGGUAUUCCGAAGCGACGGGCAAGACAUACACGUCGUGCCGUGAUCAAAGAUCUAGCAUCGCGGACCAAUUUCAAUGUCAAAGAUUUAUUACAUGACAAUAUGGACGUAUUCUAUUUCACUAGGCUCGGCAGACUCUUGCGUAUGUACAUGCUUUCGCUCCACCCACCCGACUUUCAGAUUCUUGCACGGAAGAACACACUUUUUCGGAGACGAACCGAGCCUACCGUAUUUUAUUCCACUCUAAGGAGAUUGCGAGAUCAUCUCCGGCAGUUCGUCUGUACGAUACUUGAAAGGGCAAUUGUGAUAGCAAAACAUGACCGUGAGUCCAGAAAAGUUGCCCGUGCGCGAGACGAUAUCAGGGAAAGUCACAUUCGGGAGUCUCUCGCCAUGUUUAUGCAGAAGGACAAAUUACUGCCUCGAAAGCAAUUCGUACAGACCCUCCCUUCGCGUCUCCAGCUUAGCAUCGAUAGGGACGAUCCUGACCUCCUUGCCGGGACUGAACGGUUCGUCAAACCACUGCCCGAGACAGUCUUAGAAGGACCAAGAGGAUUAUUCCAACCCUGCACGGAUAUCAAUAGUCCCAACAUCACAGUCCCUGUGGAGUAUAGACGCCCAAAUUGGUCAGCUGAGUUUGACAACCGUCCAUACGAGAGAGAAGAGGAUCAGUAUGUGGCGACUACUUGGGGGUUCGAUGGGCACUACGACAAUCUUGAGAAUGCGAUGUUCUCCAUGCAUCCGAGACCGGGAGAGGAGGAUAGGUUCAGACUUGAGAUGAUAAACGAUCGUGUUUAUGACAGGAAGGAUUCUGAUAAAGACUUGGAGUAUGAGGAGGAGCUUUGGUCUAUGUUCGAAGCCGACGAAUGGAGGGGCAGAAAACUUCCAAACCUGAAGUCGGGAGACCCGAUUUAG